AUGCCAAGUGCACCUUGGCAAAAGAUUAACAUUGAUUUUCUUGGUCCACUUCCAUCUGGCGAGCUACUUCUGGUUGUCAUAGACAGAUAUAGCCACUAUCCAGAGGUGGAAAUUGUUUGCUCAACCAAAAGUUCUGUAGUGAUUCCCAAGUUGGAUAAGAUUUUUGCUGUCCAUGGUAUACCCUUUGAAUUAACGUCUGAUAAUGGACCACCUUUCAAUGGAGAUGAGUUCUCUCGUUAUUUGAAAUUGUUGGGUGUAAAGUUUACUCGCUCUACUCCAAAAUGGCCACAAGGUAACACGGAAGUCGAACACUUCAUGCAACCAUUAGCUAAAGCGCUAACGACAGCAGUUGUAGAAGGAAAGAAAUGGCAACAAGAGCUAUGCAGGUUUCUAUUGCAAUAUAGAACAACGCCUCAUAGUACGACCAAGGUACCAACGUCUGAAUUGUUGUUUAACAGAACAGUUCGUGGAGCAUUACCAACAUUAAAACCUCGCACUAUUGUUAAUCGGCAUAAAGAAGCUAAAAAUAAUGAGCAGAAGCGUUGUAUCUACAAUAAGACCUAUACAGAUUUACAUCACAAUGCCAAAGAAAGUUCGAUCAAGGUUGGAGAUACUGUUCUUGUACAACAAGAGAAGAAGCAGAAAUUAAUGCCCAAAUUCAAUACUACUCCAUACAAAGUGAUUGCUCGUAAAGGCACGACAGUUGUUGCAGAAAACAAAGAACGACAUCGUAUUACACGAAAUGUUUCGCACUUUAAGCAGAUUCCGGACGUUAAUGAAAUGGAUUAUAGUAGCAAAGAAGAGUGUAAUAAUGAGCCUGAACCAGCAUGUGGAUAUAGGAGAUCAAACAGAACAAGAAGAGCACCAGUGCGAUAUGGACAUGGACUUUCCUAUUAA